GGCGCUCAUUCAUCCACCAGCUCGCGCCGCGGAGAGAGGCGGGAGGGGGGGGGGCAGCCAGCUCCCACGCGCAUUUCUCAGCCGUCAGCCGCGGCGCAGUGGCGGGAUUUCACUCACUCAGGAUGGAGAUAUAUGUCGUUUUCGCGCGACCUCUGGAAAUAUCUCGCUCGGGGUGAACUCCCCUGCGUUCUGCAACUUCCCGCCGCGAGGCGGGCGGACGCUCGGACGCCGGAGCGUCGUCUCCCCAAAUAAAGUUGGAGAGGAGAGCGGACAUUAAGUUGGAAGCAGCGCUCCGACUGAAGAGGUUUUAUUCACAGCCCUCGUAAGAUCGGAAGAAUUCAGCCCCUGCUGAAUAAUUAGGUAAGUGUCCUGUCGCUAACGGGCUGAAAUACGGCACCGGCGCGUGCAGUCGGGCUGUUUCACCUCUAACGCUCGUGCGCCACCGCCACAAUCUGCGCCCAGAUGUGCCCCGCGCGCCACUUCUUCCUCCCCUAAACGCGCCGAACCGUCCGUCCUCCUCCGAGUCCGGAGAGAAUGAGGUGUCGCUGGGUGAAGCAUGAGCUGCCAGAGGAUCGGUCAUAGGCGGCUGUCUCUGCUAUGGGAGGGGGCGGCUCUCAGCCUCUGGCUCAGCUGCUGCUGGACCCCCAGGACCGCCACCUCCGCCGCGGCCGCCGCCGCCGGCCCAGGCGACGGCGGCCCCGACUCCCUGGGCUGGCUGCUGUCCGAUAAAGGACCCUUCCACCAGUCGCUGGAGUUCACGGAGGCUGCGGAGCGGUACCAGCAGGGCUUCAGCACCAGAUACAAGAUCUACAGGGAGUUCGGUCGAUGGAAGGUCAACAGCCUGGCUGUGGAGAAACGGGACGCCUUCGGCGGCAGCGGUGGUCUGGCUCUGCCCCUCGACCCCGACUUCAUGCAGACCAUCCGCCAGCUGGGGAGGCGGCCGACCCUCCAGACCAUCACAGAGAACGUGAUCAAGAAGUACGGCACCCACCUCCUGCUCUCGGCCACUCUAGGAGGGGAGGAGGCGCUGACGAUAUACGUGGACAAACGGAAGCUCGUCCAGGAGUCGUCGGCCUCGGGCGCCGACGGCAGGAGCCCGAACGCGACGGGCGCGGUGACGCUGGAGGCGCUCCAUCAGCUGGCCGCGUCCUACUUCACGGACAGGGAGAGCACCCUGCGCAGGCUGCACCACCUCCAAAUCGCCUCCACGGCCAUAAGGGUGACCGAAACCAGAACCGGGCCGCUCGGAUGCAGCAACUACGACAACCUGGACACCGUCAGCUCCGUCCUGGUCCACAGUCCAGAAAACAAGGUUCAGCUACAAGGGCUCCAGGUGAUCCUUCCAGGAUACUUGCAGAGCCGCUUCAUUCAGGCCGCCCUCAACUACAUUGGCUGCAAGUCGGAGGGCCAGUUUGUCUGCCAGAACGGGGACUGCUGGUGUGAGUGCAGCGUGGACUACCCCCAGUGUAACUGCCCUCACUCGGACCUGGACACGCUGCAAAACAGCCUGUUGCACCUUCGAGAUGCCUGGAGGCUGGCCAACCAGGAGUUCGAAGAGUCUGAGGAGUUCCAAAGCUUCGUGGGGACGCUGCCAACCCAUUACGCUGUAAACACAUCUGUCGUGGAGCAGUUGUGGAGGACGGACGCCGGCCUCCUCCAGCGCCACAGGCAGCUGGAGGCCGGCGCCAACCAGCUCUUCGCCAAAGCUCGCCGCGCCGCCAACAAGCUCUUCGUCCUCAGCAAGAGAUGCAGGAAGCAGCCCAGAGUGGUGGCGCAAAGGCCGAGGAUUAAAGUCACCGGGCAAAACAUUCCCUUCACCGCACAUUCGACAGGAGCGGUAAUAACAGGAACGGCGCGAUUAACACAGUGUUGUGUCUCCGGCAGGCCUCUGCACUUCUGGCUGAGCUACGCCCUCUCGCUCCUGUACUGCUCCGAGAACAGCCAGGUGGGCGUGUACAGCGAGGGGAGCCACAGCUGCUCCUGCCCCUACAAGCACCCGCCCUGCCAGGGCCUCAUCCCCUGCUCCGUGGGCGACGGCUCCCUCUGCGCCUCCUGCUCCAACGAGAACCGGACGCGGUGCUCCGGCUGCAACCCCGGCUUCACCCUGACCCAAGGGGCCUGCCGGCCCGCCGUGCCCGACCCCACCGACCCCUACCUGGGCAUGGAGAGCGACCGGGACCUGCAGGACCUGGAGAUGCGCUACCUCCUCCAGAGGCGCGACCCGCGCAUCUCCCUGCACGCCGUCUUCGUGAGCAACGACGUGCGGGUGAACACCUGGUUCGACCCGUCCUGGAGGAAACGAAUGCUGCUGACCCUCAAGAGCAACCGGGUGAAGUCCAACCGUGUCCACAUGCUCCUCGGGCUCGCCCUUCAGUUCUGCCUCACCAGGAACAGCACUCUGGAGCCGGCCCUGUCUCUGUUUGUGAACCCCUUCGGCGGGAGCCAUUCUGAAAGCUGGACCAUGCCUAUAGGCCAGCAUGGGUACCCCGACUGGGAGCGGACCAAGCUGGACAUCCCGUUGGACUGCUAUAAUUGGACGCUGACUCUAGGAAACAGAUGGAAGAGCUUUUUCGAGACGGUUCAUUUCUACCUGAGGAGUCGCAUCAGGGACUCGGUGGCGGUGGCGGGAGCGGGAGCGGGAGGAAGCAGGAACGCCACCGUGUACUACGAGCCCCUGGAGGAGACGGAGCCGCCGAACAACGUCGGCUACAUGAAAGUCAACAGCAUGCAGCUGUUUGGAUACAGCGUGCACUUUGACCCCGAGGCCAUCCAGGACCUGAUCCUGCAGAUCGAUUACCCGUACACUCAGGGAUCGCAGGACUCGGCCCUGCUGCAGCUGGUGGAGCUGCGCCACAGGGUCAACCGCCUCUCGCCUCCAGGAGGCCCGCACGUGGACCUGUUCGCCUGCCUGCUUCGCCACAGGCUCAAACUGUCGAGCACGGACGUGACCAGGAUACUCAGUGCCCUGCAGGCCUUCAGCGGCAGGCAACCCAACUAUGUGGAGUACGAGGCAAACAAACUGUGUAGUUAGUGGCCGCUACUUGAUGUUUCGUACCAUUUCUUUCUGCCGGACAGGUCUGCACUGUUUGUCGGCUGGAGCCAGUUGUGUCACGUGUAUGGUCUGGUGUUCAAGGCGUUGUUGUACUGUUCAUACACUGUGUGCGAUUAAAUUUGAUGUUUUUGUUA